AUGGUUCUUGGAGCGUUGGCGAGUGCAGUCGCCUCGACGCAAUGGAGCCUCCUCAUCUACGGUCUCCUGGGCGCUCUGCUCCUGUGGAAGGCCGCCCGGCUGCUCGAGCUGCUGUGGUGGGAGCCGCGGCGACUCGAGCGGGCGCUGCUCGCGCAGGGCCUCCGGGGCACAUCGUACCACUUCCUCACCGGUGACCUCAAGGAGUACCGCCGGUUCAACAAGGAGGCCGGGUCCAGGCCCUUGCCGCUGCGGUGCCACGACAUCGCCGGCCAUGUCUCGCCGUUUGUCUACGGCGCCGUGCUCGAACACGGCAAGACGUGCUUCUCGUGGUUCGGCCCGAUCCCCAGAGUGACCGUCACCGACCCGGACCUGGCAAGGGACGUGAUGUCGAACAAGUUCGGCCACUUUGAGAAGCCCAAGUUCCCGGCGUUUUCCAAGCUGCUCGCCGAUGGAGUAGCCAACUACGAGGGCGAGAAGUGGGUCAAGCACAGGAGGAUCCUCAACCCUGCAUUCAACCUCGAGAAGCUCAAGCUCAUGCUGCCGGCGUUUUCUGCGUGCUGUGAAGAGCUUGCCAGCCGAUGGGCGCAGUCACUUGGUUCUGACGGCUCGUGCGAGCUGGACGUGGACCCGGAGCUUCAGACCCUCACCGGAGAUGUCAUCUCCCGCACCGCAUUCGGCAGCAGCUACCUUGAAGGAAGAAAGAUUUUCCAGCUACAGGCCGAGCAAGCAGAGCGCCUCAUGUCCAUCAUGGAGAAGUUUGCCGUUCCGGGAUACAUGUCCUUGCCUACCAAAAACAACCGAAGGAUGCGCCAAAUUAAAAAUGAGAUCGAGUCAAUUCUUCUGGGUCUAAUUAGUAAAAGAAUGCAAGCUAUGAAAGAAGGUGAAAGCGCCAAAGAUGACUUACUGGGCUUACUGCUGGAGUCAAACAUGAGAGAGACAGGCGAGAACGGCCAGUCCAGCCAAGGAAUGACGAUUGAAGAUGUCAUGGAGGAGUGUAAGCUGUUCUACUUUGCAGGAAUGGAGACGACAUCAGUGCUGCUUACAUGGACCAUGGUCCUACUAAGCAUGCACCCAGAAUGGCAGGACCGUGCAAGGGAGGAAGUCCUAGCCCUGUUUGGGAAGAACCAACCGGGAUACGACGGCCUGAGCCGCCUCAAAACAGUAACCAUGAUUCUAUAUGAGGUCCUUAGGUUGUACCCACCAGUAAUCUUACUAACCAGAAGAACUUACAAGGAAAUGGAGCUUGGUGGCAUCAAAUAUCCUUCAGGCGUGAGCCUUCUACUGCCCAUCAUCUUCAUUCACCAUGAUCCAAACAUCUGGGGAAAAGACGCAAGAGAGUUCAAUCCACAGAGGUUUGAGGAUGGCAUUUCCAAUGCGACCAAGCAUCAGGCCGCCUUCUUUCCAUUUGGAUGGGGUCCCAGGAUCUGCAUAGGCCAGAACUUUGCGUUGCUGGAAGCGAAGAUGGCACUGUGCACCAUCCUUCAACGCUUCUCCUUUGAGCUCUCUCCAUCCUACACUCAUGCGCCAUACACCGUGAUAACUUUGCACCCUCAGCAUGGUGCUCAAAUCAGGUUGAAGAAGCUUUGA